AUGUGCCUGCCAAGUUUCAUCAAAUCCCCUGAGGACCAGACUGGAAUCUCUGGUGGCGUCGUGUCCUUUGUGUGCCAGGCCAUCGGCGAGCCCAAACCGAGAAUCACCUGGAUGAAGAAGGGCAAAAAAGUCAGCUCGCAACGCUUUGAGGUGAUCGAGUUUGACGACGGCUCGGGGUCCGUGCUGCGCAUCCAGCCACUGCGCACGCACCGCGAUGAGGCCAUUUACGAGUGCACGGCGACCAACAGCGCCGGCGAGAUCAACACCAGCGCUAAGCUGACCGUGUUUGAAGAGAACCAAAUCCCCCAUGGCUUCCCUACCAUCGACAUGGGCCCACAGCUGAAGGUGGUGGAGCGCACCAGGACCGCCACUAUGUUGUGUGCAGCCAGCGGAAACCCCGAUCCGGAGAUCACCUGGUUCAAGGAUAUGCUGCCUGUAGAUAUUGGCAGCAGCAACGGGCGUAUCAGACAGCUACACUCAGGUGGUACACCAAUUAGAGGAGCUCUACAAAUUGAGAACAGCGAGGAGUCUGACCAGGGCAAAUAUGAAUGCAUCGCCACCAACAGUGCCGGAACCCGUUACUCUGCUCCCGCCAACCUCUACGUACGAGUACGCAGAGUCCCACCCAGGUUUUCGAUCCCGCCCACCAACCAGGAAGUGAUGCCCGGCGGCAGCGUCAACUUGACAUGUGUGGCCGUGGGCUCGCCUAUGCCAUAUGUUAAGUGGAUGAUGGGGCUGAAAGAACUGACCCGUGAGGAGGAGAUGCCCAUGGGACGUAACGUGCUGGAAGUCACCAACAUCCGCGAGUCGGGCAACUACACCUGCGUGGCCAUGUCUUCGCUUGGCAUGAUCGAAGCCACAGCACAAGUCACUGUCAAAGCCCUACCAAAGCCCCCAACUGCUCUCAUGGUGACCGAGAGAACAGCCACCAGUGUGACGCUGACUUGGGACUCUGGAAACCCUGAACCUGUGUCCUAUUACAUGAUCCAGUAUCGGGCCAAGACUUCAGACCACGGCUUUCAGGAAGUAGAGGGUGUCGCCACCACCCGCUACAGCAUAGGUGGCCUCAGCCCCUACUCCGAGUACGAGUUCCGUGUCAUGGCCGUCAACAACAUUGGCCGCGGGGCGCCGAGCGAGCCGGUGACAACACGCACGGGCGAGCAGGCCCCGUCUUCGCCGCCGCUGCAUGUGCAAGCGCGAAUGUUGAGCGCUACCACCAUGUUGGUCCAGUGGGACCCGCCCGAGGAGCCCAAUGGACACAUCCGAGGCUUUCGUAUCUACUACAGCUCGGACCACACAGCGCCGCUCAGUGCUUGGCACAAGCACAACACUGACGACAGCCGUUUGACAACCAUCUCUGGACUGACGCCUGACAUCACCUACAGCCUCAGGGUGCUGGGCUUCACCUCGGUUGGGGACGGCCCGCCCUCUGAAGUCCUUCAGGUUAAAACCCAGCAGGGAGUCCCAUCCCAACCGUCAGGCUUUGAAGCUGAAACUGAGCUGGACACCCGUGUCUUGCUGUCAUGGCUGUGGCCCCUCCAGGACCCCAUCAUUAAGUACGAGCUGCAGUACUGGGAGGCUGGUACGGACAACAAGAUUCACGUGACCUUCGAUCCUGCCGGUUCUUACGCAGUGGACGGCCUCAAGCCCGACACAGUCUAUCGCUUUUCCCUGGCUGCUCGCUCCGAGAUGGGCUUAGGCGUCUACACCCAGGCCAUUGAGGCUCGCACUGCCCAGUCCACCCCCUCGGCUCCCCCCCAGGAUGUGCACCUGUUCAGUCUCAGCUCCACUAGCCUCAAGGUGAGUUGGGCAGCACCGCCAGCCGGCCGGCGCCACGGCGUCAUCAUCAGCUACACAGUCAGCUACCAAGCGCUUACUGGCGAGGACACGGACCGCCAUGAGGUGAGCGGCAUCGGCGCCGCCGCCUCCUUCUACGUCAUCCAAGAUCUGGAGCGCUGGACCGAGUAUCAGGUGUGGGUGCGCGCCCACACCAAGGCAGGCCCGGGCCCUGAGAGUGCCCCGGUGAGGAUGAAAACUCAGCCGGAUGUGCCUGGCGCACCGCCCCGGAAACUAGAGGCCGAGGCGGUCAACUCCACGGCCAUCCGCGUGACUUGGAAGCCGCCACUGCAGAGUAAGCAGCAUGGCCAGAUCCGAGGCUACCAGGUGGCUUACACGCUGGUGGAAAAUGGCGAGCCGCGCGGACAGCCCAACAUCCUGGACGUUGUCUUGGCAGAGGAACAGUUCAAUAUAACGGAGUUCACCGAGCAUGAGGCCUACAUCACCGGACUGCAGUCUGAGACCACCUACUCAAUUGCUGUUGCGGCAUACACCACCAGGGGAGAUGGACCUCGGUGCAAACCUAAGUUGGUCACGACCACUGGAGCAGUUCCAGGCAAGCCCACCAUGAUGAUCAGCGCCACCAUGGGUAACACGGCACUUAUCCAGUGGCAGCCCCCCAAAGACAUGGUGGGGGAGCUGAUGGGCUACCAGCUGCAGUACAAGCGCACCGACGAUGACACAUUCACAUCGCGUGAGCUACGCAGCACCGAUGACCACUACACAGUGACGGGCCUGCACAAGGGCGCCACCUACAUCUUCCGCCUCAGUGCUCGCAACCGCGCCGGUGUGGGCGAGGCAUACACCAAAGAAAUUGGCACUCCCGAGGAUGUUCCUUCAGGCUUCCCAUUGAACUUGCAAGUGACUGGUCUCACCCAGUCCAGUACCCAACUGACAUGGGACCCGCCCCUGCUGGCAGAACGUAAUGGCAAGAUUGUCUACUACGUGGUGAUCUACCGGGAUAUUAACAGCCAACAGAACAGUACCAACCGCACGGCUGACACACGCAUGACCAUCAUUGGGCUGAACCCUGACACUACCUACGACAUACGGGUACAGGCACACACCAGCAAGGGUGCAGGACCCCUUAGCCCGAGCAUCCAGAGCAGGACCAUGUCUAAUGACUUUCCCACUUUGAACUUUGGCGUCAAAGCAGUCAUGAAGACGUCGGUGCUCCUCACCUGGGACUUGCCGCCGAACUAUAAGUCCCAAGUGCCUUUUAAGAUCCUGUACAACCAGCAGAGCGUAGAGGUGCAGGGCAACCUAAAGCGGAAGCUGAUCACACAGUUGCAGCCUGACACUGACUACUCCUUCGUGCUGACAAGCCGCGGCAACAUCGCCGGGGGUCUGCAGCAGCAGGUGUCUAUCCGCACCGCCCCCGACCUCAUCAAGACCAAACCCCUGUACAGCACCCAACAGGCGCAGGGUGGCGUGAUGACCAUUAGCCUGCCCAAGGUGCAGACCACCACUCGCAUCAGGUGGUACUACAUCGUGGUUAUGCCGGCAUCCCAAACGAGCCGGCGCUGGAAGAAUCCAGACGAGAUGGACCUGGACGAGCUGCUUAAAUCGAGCGAAGGUCCAGCUCUAAGGCGGCGGCGUCACCUGGACUCGUCCAAGCCGUACAUAGCCGCCAAGCUGGCCUCACUGCCGCCAGCCUUUACGCUGGGUGAUGAAAAGCGCUACAAUGGCUUCUACAACAAACCUCUGACCAGCGGGCAGGAGUAUGUCUGCUUCGUGCUGGCCGCCCUGCGAUACGAAGGAACAGACAGCACCUCCAAUUAUAUGACAUUUUCAGCCAGCCCCUAUUCGGACCUCAUCCAGGUCACCACGCAGUCAAUGGCUCAAGGGACGGAACAGACGGAAAUGCUCUGGGUAAUGGGACCCGUGUUUGCUGUGGUGCUCAUCAUCAGUGUCGUCAUUGCCAUCCUGCUUUUCAAGAACAAACAGGAGAGGAAGCGGGCGUCACCACUGCCCAAGGAUGAACACUCGGGCGGAGUGAAAGACUCCCUGCUGGCCAACUCCUCCGACCCUGUAGAGAUGAGACGACUCAACUACCAGACACCAGGUCCCAGCUCUCACCGCAGCCCCAACACGCCAAGGAUGCGAGAGCACCCGCCCAUUCCCGUUGCCGGCCUGGCCGAUCACAUCGAGCAUCUCAAGGCCAACGACGGCCUGCGCUUUUCUCAGGAGUACGAGUCGAUUGAUCCGGGCCAGCAAUUCACCUGGGAAAACUCCAACAUGGAAGUGAACAAGCCAAAGAACCGCUACGCCAACGUAAUCGCCUACGACCUUUCCAGAGUGGUGCUGACUUCUGUCGACGCUGUGCCGGGAAGCGACUACAUCAACGCCAACUACAUCGACGGCUACAGGAAGCAAAACGCCUACAUCGCCACGCAGGGACCGCUUCCUGAGACGCUAAGCGACUUCUGGAGGAUGGUGUGGGAGCAGCGUUCCAGCACUAUUGUCAUGAUGACACGACUAGAAGAGAAAUCUAGGGUGAAGUGUGACCAAUACUGGCCGGCGCGAGGAACCGAGACCUACGGCAUGAUUCAGGUCACCAUGCUGGACACGGUGGAGUUGGCCACCUACAGCGUCCGCACUUUUGCACUCUACAAGAAUGGUUCCAGUGAGAAGAGAGAGCUUCGCCAGUUCCAAUUUAUGGCCUGGCCUGACCACGGCGUGCCCGAGUACCCCACUCCCAUUUUGGCCUUCCUGAGACGCGUCAAGGCAUGCAAUCCUCCAGAUGCUGGACCCAUGGUGGUGCACUGCAGCGCGGGCGUGGGACGGACCGGCUGCUUCAUUGUGAUCGACGCCAUGCUGGAGCGCAUGAAGCAUGAGAAGUCUGUGGACAUCUAUGGCCACGUGACAUGCAUGCGAGCUCAGCGCAACUACAUGGUACAAACUGAGGACCAGUACAUCUUCAUCCACGAGGCGUUGCUGGAGGCAGCCACAUGCGGCAACACAGAGGUGCCGGCGCGCAACCUCUACGCGCACAUUCAAAAGCUGACGCAGCCGCCGACUGGCGAGACGGUCACCGCCAUGGAGCUGGAGUUCAAGCGGCUGGCCAAUUCCAAGGCCCACACGUCCCGCUUCAUCAGCGCCAACCUGCCAUGCAACAAGUUCAAGAACCGCCUAGUGAACAUCAUGCCUUUUGAGUCCACGCGCGUCUGCCUGCAGCCCAUCCGCGGCGUGGAGGGCUCUGACUACAUCAACGCCAGCUGCAUUGACGGAUACAGACAACAGAAGGCCUACCUGGCCACGCAGGGCCCGCUAGCCGAGACCACCGAGGACUUCUGGAGAAUGUUGUGGGAGCAUAACUCCACCAUCGUCGUCAUGCUUACCAAGCUGCGAGAGAUGGGACGGGAGAAGUGUCACCAGUAUUGGCCCGCCGAACGCUCGGCCCGCUACCAGUACUUUGUGGUGGACCCAAUGGCCGAGUACAACAUGCCCCAGUACAUCCUGAGAGAAUUCAAGGUCACGGAUGCCCGCGACGGACAGUCCCGAACCAUCCGCCAGUUCCAGUUCACCGAUUGGCCCGAGCAAGGGGUGCCCAAGACUGGAGAGGGCUUCAUCGACUUCAUCGGUCAAGUGCACAAGACCAAGGAGCAGUUCGGACAGGACGGACCAAUCACCGUGCACUGCAGUGCUGGGGUGGGCCGUACCGGAGUCUUCAUCACACUCAGCAUCGUGCUGGAGAGGAUGAGGUACGAAGGUGUGGUGGACCUUUUCCAGACCGUGAAAACUCUUCGCACCCAGCGACCUGCCAUGGUGCAGACCGAGGACCAGUACCAGCUUUGCUAUCGGGCAGCUCUGGAGUACCUUGGGAGCUUCGACCACUAUGCAACGUAA